GGCAGGUCGUGUUGCCUCUCUCUCUCCCUCUCUCCCUCUCAGAACCGAUCCGCGCGUUGACUUUAUCGGCACUGACUGCUCUCGCCCCGUUGUUAGCGUUCCAGCGGGAAGAACGAACUCUGCCUAAUCGACGUUGGUUUCGGGGUCUUAGUUGUUUGAAAACGCGUUAAAAUUUGGCUGGACUUCAUGAGGCCGAGGAAAGAUAACGUCUUCUGUGGUUUUGGGAUAUGGUCGCUGGCUUCCGGAUCAUAGGACUAAACGCACGCCGGUUUACGUGACAUAUCGACCGGGCGGGAGUUCUGGCAAAGAUCGCUUGACCCAGAGAGUCGCUCCCCUGACUUGGCACUGCGACGCCCACCCCGAGAGCCAGCUGGGAGCCGCCGUCCGUGGCACUCGCUCUCCGUCCGGCAUCCGAGACGUCGCUAAGGAGAUCGACAACAUCAUCCUAAAACAAAUGAAAAAAGUGUGAAGGAAGUGAAGACAAAAAGGGAAGUAGAAGACGAAGAAAACCCAGGAAGUGAAAGAAGUGAAAUGAAAAGGAAGUGAAAUAAGUGAACUGAAAGGGAACGAAGAAAAGUGAAAAAAAGUGAAGCGGAAGGAAGAAGGAAAAAGAAAGUGAAAGAAGUGAACUAAAAGGGAACGAAGGAAGUGAAUGAAAUCAAGCGAAGAAAAGUAGUAAAAAGCAACUGAAAGAACUGAAAGAAGCCAGAAGCCACAGAAGCGAAAGGAAGUGAAAAAAGUGAACGAAAUCAAGCGAAGCAAAGUAGGAAAACCAAGUGAAAGAAGUGAACGAAAUCAAGCGAAGAAAAGAAGGAAGUGAAGAAAAAGAAGGAAAAGAAGAAGGAAGCGAAAGGAAGUGAAGGAAAACAAGGAAGUGAAGGAAAAGAAGGAACUCAAGACCUGCCACCAUGACCUUCUCGUACCGCAUGAGAUGGAUGCUGCCCGUGGCUCUCCUCCGGCUGCUGCUCGUGUCCGUGAUCAAGAACGCGGGCAACCACACGUACGAUUCCUCCCACAGACUGGAGACUUACUACGAUUUCAUUGUGGUGGGCGCGGGGUCCGCAGGCGCCACUCUAGCCGCCAGGUUGUCUGAGGUCACGGGAUGGCGGAUCCUUCUGCUGGAGGCGGGCGGAGAACCCCCUCCAGAGAGCCACGUGCCGGCGCUGUACCCGGCGCUGCUGCAGGGCGAAGCUGACUGGAAUUUCGUCACCACCAGACAGCGACACAGCCUUAGGGGAUUCACGGACAGGCGGACACCAUACGGGCGUGGCAAAGUGGUGGGCGGCAGUUCGACCAUCAACUUCAUGAUGUACUUGAGAGGAAAUCGACGUGACUUCGACAACUGGGAAGCGAUGGGGAAUCCCGGAUGGAGUUACAAGGAGGUUCUGCCUUACUUCAUCAAGUCUGAGGAUUACCGAGGGACGAGGCACGGGGCGACAGCUGCUUACCACGGCUUCGGUGGUCCUCUGACCGUAGACGACAAACUGUGGUACACGCCCCUCCUCAACGGAUUCCUGAAGGCGGGGCAGCAGUUGGGCUACAAUGUCAUCGACGCCAACGGGCCAGAAAUGAUAGGCUUCAGCGUCCCUGACAUGACCAUAAGGGACGGCUGGCGAUGGUCUACUGCCGAAGCCUUCCUCAAGCCCGCAGCUGACAGAGAAAAUCUUCAUGUGGUUUUAAAUGCCCACGUUACCCAGUUACUAUUUGACAGCCAUAAGCGGGCGAUUGGAGUGCGCUUUGAGCAUGAAGGAAGGCAAAAGACGGCUUUGGCAAAACGGGAGGUCAUCGUGUCCGGAGGAACAAUAUCGUCUCCGCAAAUCCUUAUGGUGUCGGGGAUCGGUCCGGCCAGGCACUUGCAGGAGCACAAUAUCCCCGUCGUGGCUGACCUGCCCGGCGUCGGACAGAACUUCCAAGACCACGCCUCUCUCUACGGCCUCACGUGGACCACCAACAAGGGCACGUCGCUCAGCCUCCUGACGCUAGCCAACCCGUUCUCGCUGAAGGAGUACAUUCUUGGAAGACGAGGCCCUCUCUCGGCGCCCUACGCUAUCGAGGCUCACGCUUGGAUUCCGGCGGAGGAAGGCGACCCUCUCUGGCCCGAGGUGCAGUUCCUCUUCAUCGCCGGGACUUCGACGCUCGACAAGGGCAUCGCCAUUCCGGACCUCAUUGGCUAUGAUAGGAAGCUCUACUACCAAUACUUCACCCCCAUCAUGGGCCAAGAAGGUUUCAGCAUCUCCCCCAUGCUGACGAGGGCCAAGUCACGAGGCUCCGUCACCCUGCAGUCCAACAACCCAAAGGAUCCGCCUGUCAUUGACCCUAACUACCUGAGUCACCCUGAAGACGUCAAGAAUAUCAUCAGAGGCAUCAAGUUUUCUCACGAGGUAGCGAGAACACCGGCCAUGCAGGAGUACGGGACGCGAUUCCACGAUAAGCCUCUCCCCGGUUGCGAGCACGAGACCUUCGCGACAGACGCUUACUGGGAGUGCUUUGCCCGUGCUUUCACCGGGCAGACGUACCAUCCAGCGGGCACGUGCAAGAUGGGGCCUGUGGGUGACCCCUACAGCGUCGUAGAUCAUAGGCUCAGAGUUCGCGGCGUCUCCGGGCUCCGAGUGGUGGAUGCCUCGAUCAUGCCUCUGAUCGUCUCGACCAACACGAAUGCCGCUACGAUCAUGAUUGGCGAGCGUGGCGCAGAUUUCAUCAAGCAGGAAUGGGGUGUCCUCUAAACCCACACGUUUCGUCAUCUGAUCCUGAAGCUCAGUCUGUUACCGGAUGAUCCUACCGUGUCAUGUGAUCCUCGAAGGUGCUAUCUGAUUAUAGACGGCAUUAGGUUGUUUACAGUAAUGUUAACAUAGCAUGAUGGGAACUUUAGAGACGCUGGAUAAAUUAAGCUUUGGAGAAAUUGAUGAACCAGUCUUUCCGAGUUACGCUAAUAAGCUAAUAAGUCCCUCUCGAUGUGUACACGAAGAGAAAUCCGGAAAGGUGUCGAGUUACCAAUAACAAGGAUUAUGAAUGAAACAUGAAAACUUUCGAUUGAUAAUGUAACAAACUUAGAUCUAUUCAGUAAGAAAAACAACAACAAUGGAGCUACGAAACCUCACGAAAUACCACAGAUAUACCUCAUCUGCGCAUGCAAAGGAGACUCCCUAGUCCACGCAUAUCACAUAUCACAGACCACGCCUCAUACCUCAUAAGUGUCAUCGUCCACAAGGAUAGAUAUAACUUAUUUAUUGACUACCAGUAAUCACGGGUAAACAACGCCACAGAGAAGUGGAUAAGAAUACAGAGGAGGGCAUCUGUGCUGUGAAUAGCUGGUGAAAGUGACGGAAAGUGAGAGAAAAAAAUGAACAAUAAGUGACGAAUUAAAAAAAAACUCUAAACCGGUGGAACGGAUAUUUAAUUUUACAGAAACUGAAAAAGUGAUGGGUUUAAGAUUAUGAAAAAAAGACAAUUUUAAGAUAAGAUACUUGUGUAAUUCCUCUCCAAGACAGAAGGGAAUAAAUUAACUGUAGUGUGAUAUUACUAAAAUUAGAUUUUUAAUGCUAAGAAAUAUGAUUACAUUGUCUUAAAUAAUCACGAUGUAUGUACAUGUAUGUAUGUAUUUCCAUUAUCUUUAUUAUUAGUAUUAUAUUGUGAGUACUUUUUAGGCUUAAAUAAAUUAUAUA